CCUACACAUACUCCCCAAACUUAUCAGCGAAGAGGAGGCGGCGGCUGCGGAGGAGGAGGAGGAGAAAGUUCCUGUUUCUCUGUGCGGCGCGCGAGAGAAGGGCCGUCCCGAAGGAGAGCCCGCCGCGCGCCAGGGCAAGGAGGGGGACCGGGAAUCGGGCGACGGGGGCUCUUUCUCUGCGCCCCACUGGGAAACUUCGCACCUGGCCCGGCGCGGAGAGAUCCUCCGGCGGGGCGAGGGGGGCAGCGCGCUCCAAGGGGAGCUAGAGCGGAGAGAGAGUUAAUAAGUGUCCCGGCGCUUCCUUUCGACGGGCUGUUGCAGCGCGGCGGCGCCCGAGAGCGGACCGAAGGGGCGGCCGCGUGUGCGGAGCCAGAGCCUCGGUGGGCAGGGCGGAGAGGACGCUGCCACCGCUGCCAACUUUGGGAGGCUGACCUUCUUCUUCUUCUAACCCGGCGAGCCGCGCUCGGCUGGGGAGCGGCGGGAUGCGGCCCCUUGGGGUGCGGAGCCCCCGCGGCUGCUGCUGCCUCCUGCUGCUGGCACUGCUGCCCGCCUUCGCUCAAGGCAUCCAGUGUUCCCAGGCUUCAGAGUCCUGCUUGAAUGGAGGAAGGUGUGAAACCUACCCCAAUGGAACAGGGGUUUGCCGGUGCCCCAGCUCUCAUGUGGGCAGCCGGUGCCACCUGCAGAACCCGUGUCUCAGCUACCCCUGCAAGAAUGCGGGCACCUGCCAGCCCAUCGUCCGUGGCAACGUGGCCGAGUAUACCUGUGCCUGCCACCUAGGCUACACUGACAAGCUGUGCCUUACUCCUGAGGAGAACGCGUGCCUCAGCAGCCCCUGCCACAAUGGAGGGAGCUGUGACCUUGUCACGCUGACGGAAUACAAGUGCCGCUGCCCUCCAGGAUGGUCAGGCAAAACGUGCCAGCAGGCAGACCCUUGCGCCUCCAACCCUUGUGCCAACAGUGGGCAGUGUGUGCCCUUCGAAUCGACCUAUGUGUGCAAGUGCCCAUCGGGCUUCCAUGGGGCCACGUGCAAGGAGGACACCAACGAGUGCAGCCGCUCCCCCGCCAUCUGCAAGAACGGCGGCACCUGCAGCAACGUGGUGGGCUCCUACCAGUGCCGCUGCAGGCAGGCCUACACAGGACAGAACUGCGAGCAUCUUUACGUCCCCUGCAACCCCUCGCCUUGCCAGAAUGGAGGCACCUGCCGGCAGACCGGAGACACCACCUAUGAGUGCACCUGCCUGCCAGGUUUUGCUGGUCAGAACUGUGAGGAAAAUCUCAAUGACUGCCCAGGAAACAACUGCAAGAAUGGAGGGACCUGCGUGGACGGGGUGAACACCUACAACUGUCAGUGCCCCCCUGAAUGGACAGGCCAGUACUGUGCAGAGGAUGUGGACGAGUGCCAACUGAUCCCCAAUGCUUGCCAGAACGGGGGCACGUGCCACAACACCCAUGGCAGCUACAACUGCGUCUGUGUCAACGGCUGGACAGGCGAGGACUGCAGCGAGAACAUUGACGACUGCGCCAACGCUGCCUGCUUCGUGGGAGCCACCUGCCACGAUCGUGUGGCCUCUUUCUACUGCGAGUGCCCUCAUGGACGGACAGGUCUGCUUUGCCACCUCAACGAUGCUUGCAUCAGCAACCCCUGCAAUGAUGGGUCCAACUGCGACACCAACCCAGUCACUGGCAAGGCCAUCUGCACCUGCCCCUCUGGCUACAUGGGGCCUGCCUGCAACCAGGACGUGGAUGAAUGCUCGCUUGGUGCCAACCCCUGUGAGCAUGCGGGGAAGUGCCUGAACACAGAGGGCUCCUUCGAAUGCCAGUGCCAGCAAGGCUACUCUGGCCCCCGCUGUGAGAUUGAUGUGAAUGAGUGCUCCUCAAACCCCUGCCAGAACGAUGCCACCUGCCUGGACCAGAUUGGGGUCUUUCACUGCAUUUGUAUGCCAGGCUACGAGGGCAUCUACUGCGAGAUCAACACGGACGAGUGCGCCAGCAGCCCCUGCCUGCACAACGGGAACUGUGUGGACAAGAUCAAUGAGUUUGCCUGCGAGUGCCCCAGAGGUUUCAAUGGCCACCUAUGCCAGUACGACAUUGACGAGUGUGCCAGCACCCCGUGCAAGAAUGGUGCCAAGUGUGUUGAUGGCCCCAAUGCCUACACCUGUGAAUGCACUGAAGGCUUUUCUGGCCCCCAUUGUGAGACUGACAUUAACGAGUGUGACCCAGACCCUUGCCACUAUGGGACCUGCCAAGAUGGCAUUGCCACCUUCACCUGCCUCUGCCAGCCAGGCUACACGGGGCGUCUCUGUGACAUGAACAUCAAUGAGUGCCAGAGCCAGCCUUGCAAGAACGGGGGCACCUGCCAGGAUCGGAACAAUGCUUAUAACUGCCUCUGCCUCAAAGGGACGACAGGGCCCAAUUGCGAGGUCAACCUGGAUGACUGCGCCAGCAAUCCGUGUGACUAUGGCAAGUGCAUUGACAAAAUCAAUAGCUACGAGUGCACCUGUGAGCCUGGAUAUGCAGGGAGGAUGUGCAACAUCAACAUUGACGAAUGUGCCAGUAACCCUUGCCACAAUGGAGGCACUUGCAGGGACGGCAUCAACGGCUUCGUUUGCGUCUGCCCAGAGGGCUACCAUGAUCCCAUGUGCCUCUCGGAAGUCAAUGAGUGCAACAGCAACCCCUGCAUUCACGGGAAAUGCAAUGAUGGCCUGAAUGGCUACAAGUGCGAUUGUGACCCAGGCUGGAGCGGGACAAACUGCGACAUCAACAACAACGAGUGCGAAUCCAACCCUUGUAUGAAUGGUGGCACCUGUAAAGAUAUGACCAGCGGCUACAUCUGUACCUGCCAGGAGGGCUUCAGCGGUCCCAACUGCCAGACCAACAUCAACGAAUGCGCCUCCAACCCAUGCCUGAACCAAGGGACCUGUAUUGAUGACGUGGCCCGUUACCAGUGCAACUGUCUUCCACCCUACACCGGGCCGACCUGUCGGGAUGUCCUGGCUCCAUGUGCAGACGGUCCCUGCAAGAACGGUGGCAAGUGCAGAGAAUCUGAAGAUUUUGAGAGCUUCUCUUGUGCCUGCCCUCCAGGGUGGCAAGGGCAAACCUGUGAGAUCGACAUCAACGAGUGCGUGAAGAGCCCUUGUCGGAAUGGUGCCGCAUGUCAGAAUACGAACGGUAGCUACUGGUGUGUCUGCAAACCUGGGUUCACAGGCAACACCUGCGAGACGGACGUCGAUGACUGCCAGCCUAAUCCUUGCCACAACGGCGGGUCCUGCUCCGAUGGCAUCAAUGCCUUUUUCUGUGACUGCCUCGCUGGCUUCCGGGGCCCCAAGUGUGAGGAGGACAUUGACGAGUGUGCCAGCAACCCUUGCAAGAAUGGCGCCAACUGCACGGACUGUGUCAACAGCUACACCUGUACUUGCCCUUCUGGCUUUAGCGGGAUCCACUGCGAGCAUAACACCCCCGACUGCACAGAAAGCUCCUGCUUCAAUGGGGGCACAUGUGUGGACGGCAUCAACACCUUCACCUGUGUCUGUCCACCUGGCUUCACGGGAAUCUACUGCGAGCACGACAUCAAUGAGUGUGACUCCAAACCCUGCCUGAAUGGCGGCACCUGCCAGGAUAGCUACGGGACCUACAAGUGCACUUGUCCUCAGGGCUACACUGGCCUCAGUUGUCAGAACCUGGUGCGUUGGUGUGACUCCUCGCCCUGCAAGAACGGCGGAAAGUGCUGGCAGACAGACAACCUGUACCGCUGCGAGUGCACCAGUGGCUGGACUGGACUCUACUGCGAUGUCCCCAAUGUCUCUUGUGAAGUGGCUGCACGGCAGCAAGGCGUCGAGGUGGUGCACCUAUGCAGGAACUCUGGGCUCUGUGUGGACAGGGGCAACACCCACUCUUGCCAGUGCCAGGCCGGCUACACAGGCAGCUACUGCGAGGAGCAGGUGGAUGAGUGCUCCCCCAACCCGUGCCAGAACGGGGCCACCUGCACAGACUACCUAGGGGGCUACUCGUGUGAGUGUGUUGCUGGCUACCACGGGAUCAACUGCUCAGAGGAGAUCAACGAGUGCCUUUCCCACCCCUGCCAGAACGGAGGGACCUGCAUUGACCUCAUCAACACCUACAAGUGCUCUUGUCCCCGAGGGACUCAAGGAGUUCACUGUGAGAUCAACAUAGACGACUGCAGCCCACCCUUUGACCCCAACACCUUCGCCCCCAAGUGCUUCAACAACGGGCGGUGUGUGGACCGCGUAGGGGGCUACAGCUGCAUCUGCCUGCUGGGCUUUGUUGGGGAGCGCUGUGAGGGUGACGUCAACGAGUGUCUGUCCAACCCUUGUGACCCGCUAGGAACACAGAACUGUGUGCAGCGCAUCAACGACUACGUGUGCGAGUGUCGUCUGGGGUAUUCUGGGCGCCACUGUGAGACGGUGGUAGACGGCUGCCGGAACCAGCCCUGCAAGAACGGUGGGACCUGUGCAGUGGCCAGCAACACACAGCACGGCUACAUCUGCAGGUGCCCUCCGGACUGGGACGGUGCCACGUGUGAGAACGACGCCCGCGGCUGCGGACCGUUGCGCUGCCUGAACGGCGGCACCUGCAUCUCCACCCAGAAGAGCUCCAGGUGCCUCUGCCCACUGGGCUUUAGCGGAGCUGCCUGCCAGUUCUCCUCUGGCAGCCCCUGCCACUCCAGCCCCUGCUACAACGGGGGCACCUGCCAGCCUGCCAAGGAGCCACCCCACUACCGCUGCAACUGCCCAGCCCGGUUCAACGGUCUGAACUGCCACAUCUUGGACUACGACUUCACAGGUGGCCUUGGCCAGAACAUCACUCCACCUCCCUUGGAGGAGAAGUGUGAGAUCCCUGUGUGCGCCAGCCACGCCGGCAACAAGAUCUGUGACGCCCAGUGCAAUAACCACGCUUGCGGCUGGGACGGCGGCGACUGCUCCCUGAAUUUCAACGACCCCUGGAAGAACUGCUCCCAGUCCCUCCAGUGCUGGGACUACUUCAACAACGGGCGCUGUGACACCCAGUGCAACAACACCGGCUGCCUGUACGACGGUUUCGACUGCCAGAAGAUGGAGGGGCAGUGCAACCCUCUGUAUGACCAGUACUGCAAGGACCACUUCUCUGAUGGACACUGCGACCAGGGCUGCAACAACGCGGAGUGUGAGUGGGACGGUCUCGACUGUGCCAACAACGUUCCCGAAAAGCUGGCGGACGGCACUUUGGUGGUGGUGGUGCUGACCUCUCCAGAGAACCUAAAGAACAACUCCUUGAACUUCCUGCGGGAGCUCAGCCGCAUUCUUCACACCAAUGUGGUCUUCAAGAAGGAUGAGCAGGGCGAGUACAUGAUAUUCCCCUACUAUGGCAAGCCAGAGGAGCUCAAAAAGCACCACAUCAAGCGGUCGUUGGCGAGCUGGCCAGAUGUGAGUGAUGCUGUCUUCAAGAUAAGAUCUAAGCUAUAUAAGACCAUCAUUGACAGACACAGGAGGGAGAUGGACCAUGUGGACAUCUGCGGAUCAAUCGUUCACCUGGAGAUUGACAAUCGCCAGUGUGUCCAGUCCUCCUCUCAGUGCUUCCAAAGUACCACAGAUGUGGCAGCCUUCCUCGGUGCUUUAGCCUCGCGGGGCAACCUGGACUUCCCAUACAAAAUCGAAGCUGUUAAAAGUGAAAGUACUGACCCCGAAAAGAGCACUCAGUGGUACCCUAUGUACAUGGUGGUGCCUGGUGUCUUCCUCCUCCUCUUCAUUGGUUUCGGGGUUCUGGCAUCGCGCAAGCGGCGGAGGGAACAUGGGCAGCUCUGGUUCCCCGAGGGCUUCAAAGUGACCGAGUCCAGCAAGAAGAAGCGCAGAGAGCCCCUGGGGGAGGAUUCUGUGGGGCUGAAACCCUUGAAAAAUGCUUCCAAUGGGACCCUGAUGGACGACAACCAGAAUGAGUGGGGUGAUGAGGAGACACUAGACACCAAGAAGUUCAGGGUGGAAGAACAGGCCAUGUUGCCGGACAUGAAUGACCAGGCUGACCACAGGCAGUGGACACAGCAGCACCUGGAUGCAGCCGACCUGCGCAUCUCCUCCAUGGCACCCACCCCACCCCAAGGGGAAAUUGAUGCUGACUGUAUGGAUGUCAACGUGCGAGGACCAGAUGGAUUCACGCCACUGAUGAUCGCCUCCUGCAGCGGAGGUGGGCUGGAGAUGGGCAACAGUGAAGAGGAGGAGGACGCCCCAGCCGUGAUUUCAGACUUCAUCUACCAGGGGGCCAGCUUGCACAACCAAACAGACCGCACUGGGGAGACAGCCCUCCACCUGGCCGCCCGCUACUCACGCUCAGACGCAGCCAAGAGACUGCUGGAAGCCAGUGCCGAUGCCAACAUCCAGGACCACAUGGGGAAGACGCCACUCCACGCUGCUGUCUCGGCCGACGCUCAGGGGGUCUUCCAGAUUCUGAUCAGGAACAGGGCCACCGACCUGGAUGCCCGCAUGCACGAUGGGACCACCCCUCUCAUCCUGGCUGCCCGUUUGGCUGUGGAGGGCAUGCUGGAAGACCUCAUCAGCUGCCACGCAGAUGUCAAUGCGGUUGAUGACCUAGGGAAAUCAGCACUGCACUGGGCUGCUGCCGUGAAUAAUAUUGAUGCCGCUGUUGUGCUGUUGAAGAACGGGGCAAAUAAAGACAUGCAGAAUAACAAGGAGGAGACCCCUCUGUUCCUGGCGGCCAGAGAAGGGAGCUACGAGACGGCCAAGGUCCUCCUAGACAACUUCGCCAACCGGGACAUCACAGACCACAUGGACCGCCUGCCACGGGACAUCGCCCAGGAGCGCAUGCACCAUGAUAUCGUCCGCCUCCUGGACGAGUACAACCUGGUGCGCAGCCCUCCUUUGCACAGCGGGCCCCUGGGGGCACCUACCCUCUCCCCGCCCCUCUGCUCGCCUAGCAGUUACAUCGGCAGCCUGAAGCCAGCUAUGCAGGGCAAAAAGGCGCGGAAGCCCAGCGCCAAGGGACUGAUCUGCAAUGGGAAGGAGUCCUCCAAGGACCUCAAGGCCCGCCGGAAGAAGUCGCAGGAGGGCAAAGGCUGCCUGCUGGACAGCUCCAGUGUCCUCUCCCCAGUCGACUCCCUAGAGUCUCCCCGUGGGUACUUGUCUGAUGUGGCAUCUCCUCCCUUGAUGACCUCCCCCUUCCAACUGUCGCCCUCCAUGCCCCUCAACCACCUGCCAGGGAUGCCCGAUGCCCACCUGAGCAUGAACCACCUCAACCUGGUGGGCAAGCAAGACCUUGGCCUGGGUGCCAGUCGGAUGCAACAGCCCUUCGACUCGGUGCCCCCGCGGCUCUCCCACCUGCCCACCUCCAACGCCACUGUCAUGAAUUUCACCGUGAGCGGAGCACCUGGCCUGAGCGGGCAAUGCAGCUGGCUGAGUCAGAUGCAGAGCGGCAUUCAGGUGCAGGGCCAAUACAACCCUAUGCGGAAUGGCCUGCAGCAGGGGGCACUCCCGCAGGGCCAGGCCCUUCAGCAUGGUCUUCUGACCUCCCUCCACAACGGGCUGCCCACCACCACCUUGUCCCAGAUUAUGAACUACCAGGCCAUGCCCAACGGCCGCCUGCCAGCCAAUGCCCAGCCCCAUCUCCUGCAGGCACAGCAGCUGCAGCAGAUCCAGCAGCAAAACAUGCAGCAGCAGCAGCAGACCCACAGCACUGCCCCAAAUGCCGGGAGUGCAAACUUCCUGGGGAAUGAGCUGGGCCAGCCUGACUUGCAGCAGCAAGUGAAUGGCGGGGCUCUGGCAGUCCACACCAUCCUGCCCCAGGACACCCAGGUCCUGGCCACCUCCCUGCCCUCUGCCCUCACUCAGCCCAUGACCACCACCCAGUUCCUGACUCCACCCUCCCAGCACAGCUACUCCUCCCCCUUGGACAACACCCCCAGCCACCAGCUCCAGGUGCCAGACCACCCGUUCUUGACACCUUCCCCGGAGUCGCCGGACCAAUGGUCGAGCUCAUCUCCACACUCCAACCUGUCAGAUUGGUCCGAGGGCAUCUCAAGCCCGCCCACCAGCAUGCAGUCGCAGAUGGGGCACAUCCCAGAGGCGUUCAAAUAGAGCAAGAGGGGAACCACUUGGGCAGGCGACCCCAGAGAGUUUCCUUCGGAGGGAGACGCUUCUUUGGUUGAACCAGAGUAACCUUUGGUUUGAGUUUCUGUGGUUUUUUUUAUAUAUAUAUAUAUAAAAAGAAAAAGUAUUUUUACAUACAAUGUAAGAGGGAUAUUGCAACGUUUUUCUUCCUUCGUUAGUAUUUAUUUAUGUACUACAUGAAAACACUGCCUUUUUUAUUUAUAAGUUUUGUUGAGAGCUCAGUGGGAUGCAUUUGCUGUGGUCCAAAUUUUAAAAUCUUAUUAAUGGGGUUUGAUUGCCUGCUUUGCUCUCUCUUGCUUACUACUUUUUUUUUUUUUAGGACAUCCUCUUUAAACAAAAACAAAAACUUUUAUACCACAAGGAUGUUCUUGUGCAGAGAGGUUUUCUUUUGUAAAGCUGUAAGCAAAGACCCAUGAUUAUAUAGUGACAUUUAUUUAUUGAACAAGAUAUUUCUUUUCCUGUUUUUGUUUUUAAUUCUGGGAAAAAUAGGGAGGAUGGGCACAUUUUUUCAACAAAAGUUUACCUCUUUGAAGGGAAAUUUUAAUUUAAACGUAAGUUGAUGGUUUUUUGCGGGGGGGAGGGUGGUUGUUGAUGGUUUUUGUUGGGUUUUGUUUUGUUUUGUUUUUUUGUUUUGUCAAGUGCUUUAAAAUAUUCCCUUGUAUGAGGGUGGAUAGAGUCGGGGAAUAUUAUGAGACAGCAGCCAUGAAUCUCUGUUUUAAAGUUUCAGUAUUAUAUAGUU